AUGAUGGAAACUUUGGAGAUCCAUCAAUUUGACUGGAGCUACAGAUCAGAGCACGUACUCAGAAUGGAACAAAGAAGGCAGAGAGGUCGACCAAGGAUCCACGACAGUGACGCUGCACGUCAGCGCAGUAGACGACAGCGUGAAACUGAAGAAGAAAGAUCCUCCCGUCUAGAAGCCGAAAGCAAUCGUCAACUGCAGAGACGUCUAAGCGAAGGAGCUGGAGAAAGAAACGCAAGACUGCGUAUAAAUGCUGAACGGCAGCAUCUAAGACGAUUGUCGCAGAGUGAAGAUGAAAGGACAAGAAGUCGGCAAAAUAAUGCUCAACGCCAAUCUCGAAGACGAGCUUUGGAAAGUGCACAGGAAAAUGCAAGUAGACGAGAAGAAAAUGCUGAGCUUCAGAGGCGGAGACGAGAAUUAGAGACUGCGGAAGAACGCUCUGCUAGGCUUGAAGAAGACGUGCAGCGUAGGCGUCGCAGGCAUGACCUAGAAAACGUUGAAGAACGUUCUGCUCGACUAGGUAGAAAUGCUCAAAAUCAGCGUCGUAGACGUGAACAGGAGGGAGCUCAAGAACGUUCUGCUCGGCUUGCUAGAAAUGCUGCACGUCAAAGUCAAAGGCGGGAUCAAGAGAGUGUUGAGGAAGAGGUAGUGCGGCAGGCAAUUAACGCUGAACGCCAACGUCGAAGACGGCGGCAAGAGACUGUUGAAGAACAAUCAGAUCGGCUCGCAUUGAACGCUGAACUGCAGCGCCGGCGACGACAACUAGAGACUCCUGAAGAGCGUACCACCCGGCAGUCGCAGAACGCCCAGCGACAGCGUUUGAGACGUGGACUCGAAAGUUUCGAGCAAGAGGUCAUCCAGAUUGGAAGAGGAUGCUCUGCGUCACAGACAACAUCGCAACACCGAGAACGAGGAGGGCUAGAUCGAAGAUGUGUUAAUUGCGGAGCAUUGCACUUCCUGGCUGAAGUCAAGUCAAACCAUCCAGACACUUUUCGAGAAUGCUGUGAUUUCGGCAGAAUCAGAUUAAAUAUGUUCACGAAUUUCCCGGAAUGUCUUCGUAAUCUCUUCAUUCAAAGAACUGAUAUGACUACAGAGCAGCGUCGUGUGCAGAAAAAUUUCCUCGAGAACAUUAGAAACUUCAACUCUGCGUUGGCCAUGGCUUCAAUGGGAGCACAGGUAGACUUGCUACGGGGGCGUGGCCCAUACUGUUACAGAAUACACGGACAGAUAUACCACCGUGUGGGUCCACUCCAUCCCAGAGAUGGGGAACAACGGCAGUAUGGUCAGAUCUACAUUUUGGACACAGAAAUGGCCACUAGGCAACGACUUGGAAACGAACGAAAUGCCGACUGUGAUCCAGAACUGAUGCGGCUCCUCAGUGAACUGUUGUCGAGCAUUAAUAUGUACGCUCAAUCUUUCAAAAUGAUGAGCGAAGUGGAGCAAGCAGAACUUACUGCUGCAGCGCGGGAAAAUCGAGCUCCUCUCAAAAUUCGGAUGGUUUUUGAAGAGAGCAAUGAGAGAGGAUUGAGGCGCCGUCAAUACGAUUUGCCAACAGCCAACGAAGUCGCAGUAGUGUACGUCGGGGAAGACAAUGAUGUUCCGGCAACGAGAAGUUUCGCAGUCCACCUCCGCAACGAAUCAGGAGAACAGCUUCUCAGUAUCCGUGAUAUUGAUAAAAUUUGCGAUCCUCUCACAUACCCGCUUCUUUUUCCAACCGGAGAAGGUGGAUGGGAUCCGAGCAUGACUAACAUCAGUGGCGGUCGUAUCACACAAAAGGAAUACUAUUCUUAUCUGUUAUCAAUACGGGAUAGCUUCAAUCCUAUUCUGUAUGCUGGAAAACUAUUUCAGCAGUUCGCUGUCGACGCUUAUGUCAAAAUUGAACAAAACCGGCUCAACUUCCAGCGACGAAAUCAGCUUACAUUGCGUGCUGAUUCGUACAGAGGUCUGCAAGAUUACCUUGCCGGUGAAGACAAUUUUGGUCCACCAGGAAGGAGAGUGAUUUUGUCAUCGUCACACCUUGGCAGCCCGCGCUCCAUGCAACAAUCAUAUCAAGACGCGAUGGCCAUUGUCGCUCGAUAUGGAAAACCCACUUAUUUCUUGACGAUGACGUGUAAUCCUCAGUGGAGGGAAAUCCAAGAAAACCUUUACAAUGGCCAGGCGGCAUCUGAUCGCCCCGACAUAGUGGCGCGUGUUUUCAACGCCAAGCUACGAGAACUUUGUGCUGACCUUUUCAAAAGACAUGUUCUCGGGGAAGUGCAAGCUUACGUAGUACGGACGGCGGACGACGUGGAUAGAUCGAUUUGUGCGGAAAUUCCGAAUCCUGUGCAGGAACCAGAGCUUCAUGCAGCGGUGACGUCCUAUAUGAUUCACAGGCAGUGUGGGCAAAUGGACUCUCCUUGCAUGCGGAAUGGGUCCUGUUCAAAGCGAUUCCCAAAGCAGCUACGAGAGAGAACAUCAGUAGAUGUAGACGGAUAUCCAAACUAUCGACGACGCAAUUCAUCACCUGCUGAAAUCAAUGGUGUUCUCUACGGUGAUGAGUGGGUGGUGCCUUCAAAUCCACACCUUCUCAUCAAAUUUGAUUGCCACGUUAAUCUAGAAAUAUGCGGCAUGAUAUCUGCAGUGAAAUAUCUUUACAAAUACAUCUACAAAGGAGAAGACCGUGCUCGCAUCAAUAUUGAAACUGAAGGAAACGCUGGCAACAAUGAGAACGUCGACGAAAUCAAACAACACCUGAAUACUCGCUACGUUUGUGCUCCACAAAGUAUGCACAGGAUUUUCGGUUUCUCUAUGCAGGAAAAGUCGCAUACGGUCUGCAGAUUGGCUGUUCAUUUACCUGAAUUCCAGACGGUGCAGUUUGUGCAGGGACGAGAACAGCAAUAUCUUGAUCAUGCCCAGCAGUGUUUUACUACCCUUACGGCGUACUUCGAGCUGAACAGGCAACAUGCGCAGGCUGAUGGUGGGAUAAGCCGUAAUUCGAUUGACGCUCGCGAACUUUAUUAUUAUCAAAUCCCUGAAUAUUUUAUCUUCAAGCCUCGCAGUGGUUGGUCACCGAGAGAACGUGGCGGAAAUCAGAUCGGUAGGAUGUACACUGUUUCACCUCGGGACAAUGAACGCUACUGCCUCAGAAUUCUUUUACUGAAUACGAAAGGGAAGACGUCUUUCGAAGACAUAAGAACGGUCGACGGCAUUACAUUCAGCACUUUUGCAGAGGCAGCGAAACAUGCAGGCUUUCUGGAUGACGACCGAUAUUUCCGUCAGAGUUUAGAGGAGGCUAUUCACUACCAAUCAGCAGCAUGUGUUCGAAGCUUUUUCGCAUGUUUGCUCUGUUUCUGUGAGGUUGUUGAUGCACACGAUUUGUGGAACGAUUUCGCCGAAGCCAUGUCAGAUGACUACAUCAAUCGAGGAAUUGACCAUGAAAUUGCUGUAGCGUUUGCCUACUUCGACAUUCUUGAUCGAAUGGCUCUUUUAGGCAGAGAUUUCAGAGAAAUCGUUCCUCCUCCUGUUGCUGAACGUCCCGUUAUACCAGCAAUUGAGGUGGAUUAUGAAGCACAUGAAAGAGAUGGCUUGAUUCGAUAUGAAACACUCAAUGCCAGGCAACGAGCAGCGGCGGACGAUAUUGUUGGUGCAUUAGACAGACCUCGAAAUCGUUGUAUUUUCAUAGAUGGUCCAGGUGGAAGUGGGAAAACCUACUUAUAUAACACUGUGUAUGAUAUUGUUGUUGGACGAAGACGUCAAGUUGUUUGUGUCGCUUGGACAGGAAUAGCGGCGAACCUUCUGCCAGGAGGAAGGACCGUGAACUCCCUGUUCAAGUUGAACAUUGGAGAUGGCAACCGGAGCUCUUCUAUGAGACGCCAACAAAAGGAGGCUAGAGAACUGAUGGCCGUGGAUAUGAUAAUUUGGGACGAAAUUUCGAUGGCACCAAAAGUUGCUUUGGAAGCAGUUGACGUUCUCUUGAAGGAUAUCAUGCAGAAUGACGAACCAUUCGGUGGAAAAGUUAUGGUUAUUGGCGGAGAUUUCCGGCAAGUACUACCAGUCGUCGAACACGGACAAAGGGAAGACUUGGUAGCUGCUUGCGUUCACAAAUCUGUCCUAUGGUCAUUGUUUUCUAUUCAUCGCCUAGAAGUGAACAUGAGAGCAAGGGAGGCUGGAGGCGAUUGGCAUGAACGACUUCUCAAAAUAGGAAAUGGUGAAUGCAACGAUGCUGAUGGUUGCAUCCAAGUGCCAGAGGACAUGAUGUGCCAUUCCGAUAUUGUCGCGGAAAUAUUCGGAGUUACACUCGACCCGAACAGCACGUCUGAACUGUGCGAGAGUGCCAUUUUGGCGCCAAAAAAUAUACAUGUGCAGCGCCUUAACGAUAUUGCACUCGACUGCCUCCGUGUGAAUAGUUCACAAGACGAGCGCGUUUACAAGAGCAUCGAUGAAGCUAUUUAUCCUGAAGGACAAGGCGAGCAGCUAUUCCAACAAGAAUAUUUGAAUUCUUUGACCCCCACAGGCAUGCCACCACACGAGUUACGACUAAAGAAAGGAGCGAUUGUAAUGCUCCUGAGAAACCUCGAUGAAGAAAUUAACCUCUUAGCUGGGAAAACCGAAGCAACAAGAGAAUGGUAUCGAAAAAUUUGCAGAGCGAAGAUGGAUUCCGGUCCAAAUUGUAUCGCUCCUGUAAACUGUAUCGGUGAGCAUCCAGAGUGCACGAAGAUUGCAAAGGUCGUCAUUGGUGGAAUAGAAGAAGCUUGA